AUGCGAGUCAAUCAGGAUGAGAAAGAGUUUUCUGAGUGGCUUCUCAAGGUUGGGAAAGGUCGUCUAGAAUCAAGACAAGAAUAUGAGGAUGAUGGCUACCAUGACCAAUUCAUAAAUAUCGAUGAAUCUUUGAUUUGUCAGAGUUUUGUUGACCCAUUAGAAGGAGUUGUUGAUGCCGCAUAUGGAGAAAUCAACAGACCGAUGAAUUCCCAGACUUCCUACACUGAUAAAGCUAUACUCACACCACGUAAUGAAACCGUCGAUGAAAUCAAUGCUUACACCAUCUCACGGACUGACGGGGUAUCAAGAGAUUACUUCAGCUCAGACAGCUUUGAGUUAUCAGAUACUACAUCAGAUCAAAAUGAUACAUUAUACGCCGAUGAGUAUCUCAACUCAUUGGAAUUCUCGGGUUUGUCUUCGCACAAACUAACUCUGAAAGUUGGUGCCCCAGUUAUGCUUCUGCGAAACAUAAAUCAGAAAAAGGGAUUAUGCAAUGGUACACGAAUGAUCCUAACCCACGUUGGUGAUCGCAUGCUCAAGGCCGAGAUUAUCACUGGCUCCCACAUUGGAAAAGAGGUCUUGAUCCCAAGAAUUGUGCUUUUGUAUGAUGAAACAAAGUUACCGUUCACAUUACGUCGGCGACAAUUUCCUAUCAGAUUGUGCUACGCAAUGACAAUCAACAAAAGCCAAGGUCAGAGUUUAAAAGAGGUCAUCUUAUAUUUGCAUAAACCGGUGUUCUCUCAUGGUCAACUUUAUGUGGCCCUCUCACGUGUCACAAGCAAAGCAGGAUUAACGAUCAUCAAAACCGAUCAUUUCCACCAGCUGAAAGUGAAGAACAUAGUCUACAAAGAAAUAUUCAAAGGCCUUCCUCCCGACAAAGAUUUUGUGGGAAGCUCACAACAUGGAAUGCGUGCUCUGGAAACUAGAGUUCACGGUCAAGAACUUGCGAUGGAUGAGAUAUCUUAUGACUUGGCAGUUUCAAAUUGGAGAAUGAGAGUAACUGUUCAAAUGAGAGUAACAGUUCAGGCAGAAACAACUGUUCUCUCAUUCCCUCCUGGAAGUUUUUAUUAG